AAAAGGUAAUUGAAACCAACCCUAAGCUCCUUUUAUCCUCACUCCAAAGGUAACCCCGAUUAUUGCUGACUUAAGCAUCGGAGUGUCUACCCCGAGUUCCACCUCGGGGCUUUGCAGGUCAAUCCGAAGUACGAAUGCGGACUGAAGAAGGAUUUCUGGUUUGGUGCAAUUACAUUUGGCGCCGUCUGUGGGAAUCCGAACUGAAAGCUCUCUUGUUGCUCACUCAUAAUGGUUAACACUCGAUCAGUCCGAGCUGGAAAUCCAUCUCAGCCUUUUGGACAAGGUCAACUCCCCAACAACCUUCCACCUCAGCUUCCACCUCAGAUCCCAAAUAUGUUCCCUCCUGUUGAUCAUGCAGAAGGAGGAGAUGAAAACCAACCACAUAACUCAGCUCACAACUCAGCUUCUACUACCAACCAAAACGUAGUUGCAGCUCAGCUUGCUGCCAUGCAACAACAGUUUGGUGUCUUUCAGCUAGUAUUAGCUCAGCUUUUAGCUCGGAACAACCUUGUACUAGAAGUUAGCUCCUUCGACCAGGCUGUGGGAAUUGCAACUGUGAUCUCAGGCCUUAACCAUGAGAGAUUCAGAGAUAGUCUGCUCAAGCAUCCUGCCACCACCUUUAGCGAGGUGAAUGAUAGAUCCCUCAAAUUCAUAAUUGCUAAGGAGUAUGCCUUGUCGCAGAAGCCAACUCCCUUUCAGAACCAAAACCCAUACUGGAGAGAUGAGAAUCAGAACAGGAAACAGAUGAGGACGGCACAAAACCGAGGUUCGAUGUCAACCUCCAUAUCGAGAUUUGGAAGGCCGAACUCAGCACCCCCACAACAAUCUGUAGAUCACGGUCAUACAACAAAGCAAUGCAAUAGCCUGAGGUCCGAGCUGGAAAGUCUAGCCCAGAAAGGAAUGUUGCCCACCUCCACUUCCACCCCCAGCCAGAAUUAUACACAUGAUUACAAGAGGAUUGGAAGCAGGAGGGAUGAGCUUCGAACAAAGGAAGUUAUAUGUCAGAGAGGGGUGGUAACACCUCACAACGACCCUUUGGUCACCUCAGUGAUGAUCAACAAUUGUCAAGUUCAGCGUGUACUUGUUGAUACUGGUAGCGCACCUAACAUCAUGUACAACCACUGUUUUGAGAGCCUAAGACUCGACCCAGCUCUGCUACAACGUUACGAUGGUCCCAUAUAUGGCUUCAACAACCAAUCAGUUCCAGUUGAAGGGGUCCUAACCUUGAAUGUUGCAUUUGGAAGUGGCCGAACCUAUGUGACUCCUUCAGUUCAGUUUCUGGUGGUCAAGAUGCCUUCUUCUUUUAACGUUGUCAUUGGCCGGCCCACAUUAACAGAGAUCCGAGCUGUGGUCUCUCAAUCUCAUCUCUGCAUGAAAUUUUCAAACCCCAUGGGAAUUGCAACACUCAGAGAUCAACCAGCAAAAAACCCUCCACCAGAAAUCCAUGACAAUCGGCAAGUGAUGGGGGUUGAAAUCCUUGAUAACCGACCUAAGGAUGAAACCCGAGCUGCUCCGGGUGAAGAUGUUGAGGAGACCUCAGCAGACAUGCCAGGAAUUCCCACCUCGGUAUCUCAACACAAACUCAGCACUAAUUCACUCAAGAGACCAGUGGCCCAGAAGCGACGCCUCUUUGGGGGGGAGAGGUUAAAGGUUAUCAAAGAAGAAGUUGAAAAACUUUUACAAGCUGGCUUCGUCAGACGGGUCGAUUACUGUGAAUGGGUCGCCGAUCCUGUGUUGGUGAAAAAAGCAAAUGGCAAAUGGCGGAUGUGCAUCAAUUACACUAACCUCAACCAGGCAUGUCCAAAAGAUUGUUACCCAAUGCCAAACAUUGACAAGCUAGUUGAAGCAGCUUCUGGAAACGAGAGAUUAAGUCUCUUGGAUGCAUACUCUGGUUAUCACCAGAUGGUUACCAUUGUAUUCCGAGCCCAAAUAGGCCGAAAUCUGGAAGUUUAUGUUGAUGAUAUCGUGGUGAAGAGUUUGAAAGCAGAAGAUCACUUAACUGACCUUGAAGAGACAUUCAACAAUCUCAGAAAGAACAGAAUGAUGUUGAAUCCAGAAAAAUGCAUCUUCGUUGUGGAGUUCGAAAAAUUUCUAGGCUUCAUGGUGUCCAGAAGGGGAAUUGAGGUUAACCCCGAGAAGAUCAAAGCAAUGGCCGAAAUGGAACCACCGAAGUUAGUAAAAGAUGAUGAAUCUGGCAAACAAAAGAAAUUUGAAUGGAAUUCAGAAUGCCAAGCUGCAUUUGACGAGCUGAAGUCUUAUCUUAGCUCACCCCCUUUGCUGACAAAGACUAAUGAUGGAGAAAUCCUUUACUUGUACCUCGACAUAUCAGAUGAAGCUAUCAGUUCCGUGCUAAUAAGAGAAGAAGGGAAGCAACAAAAGCCAGUCUAUUAUACUAGCAGUGUAUUACAUGGAGCUGAAAUCAGAUAUUCUAUUGCCGAAAAAGCAGCCUUAGCAGUUGUCACAUCAGCUAGGAAACUGAGACCAUAUUUCCAAUCACAUCUAAUCAUAGUCCUCACAGACCAACCCCUCAAACAAAUUUUACAAAAGCUAGAAUGCUCAGGAAGAUUGAUCAAAUGGGCAGUUGAACUGAGAGAGUUUGAGAUAACAUUUCAGCAGAGGUCAGCGAUCCGAGCUCAGGCGCUUGCAGAUUUCAUAGUGGAGUACACCUCGGCUCACUCUGAUUCCCAGCCUGAGCUGGACAACUGGAUUCUGUAUGUUGAUGGAGCAUCAAGUAACAAAGGUUCUGGCGCUGGUGCAAUCCUACUUGGCCCAGAAGGGUACCGAAGUGAACAUGCCCUGAAAUUUAAUUUUGACGCCACCAACAAUAUGGCUAAAUAUAAGGCUCUGCUACUUGGCUUACAAUUGGCAAUAGAACUGAAGCCAGCAGAAGAGCUCACUAAUCUGGUAGCACCUUGGCCAUUUGCUCAGUGGGGACUUGAUCUUUUAGGCCCAUUUAUGAAGGGGGUAGGAGGUGUAACCCAUCUGAUUGUUGGUGUGGAUUAUUUUACGAAAUGGGUUGAAGCUCGGCCAUUAUCUAGUCUUACCUCCAAGAAGGUCGAAGACUUUGUUUUCAGCUCAAUCAUUUGCAGAUAUGGGAUCCUGUAUCAGAUUGUGGCUGAUAAUGGAACUCAGUUCAACUGCUUUUCAUUUAGAGAUUUUUGCUCCAGUUAUGGGAUCAAAUUACAGUUCACCUCGGUGUACCACCUAGAGUCUAAUGGGAUGGUAGAAUCUAUCAACAAAGUUAUACUCGAGGGGAUAAAACCAAGGUUAGAGCUGCAUAAGGCCAGGUGGGCAGACGAGCUCAACAACGUCCUCUGGGCAUACAGAACCACGAGCCGAACUGCCAGAGGUGAAACACCCUAUCACCUGGCCUUUGGUACCGAAGCAGUCAUUCCUAUCGAGAUAGGAGUCCCAAGCUUCAGGGUCACCCAUUUUGAUGAAGGACGAAAUGGACAACUGUUUCGGGAGAACCUUGAUCUACUUAACGAAGUCAGAGAGGAAGCACGACUUCAAAGUCUAGUUUACAAGCAGAAAAUAGCUAACUUCUACAACAAACGAUUAGCACCAAACUGGGAAGGCCCCUACACUAUAGCCGAAGUGCCGCGCCCAAGUGCUUAUAUCCUACGGGACAUUGAAGGCAAAAGGGUUCUUAGAGUUUGGAAUGUCAAUAACAAGUGCUUAUAUCCUACGGGACACUGAAGGCAAAAGGGUUCUUAGAGUCUGGAAUGUCAAUAACUUGAAGAAAUUUUACCCUUAAUACACUUCUUUUAAGUGAACCUUGUCUUAUUUUUAUAAUCGUCAUUAUUCUCUCUCUUUCUGCUCAAUCUAAUGUGUAUAUGAGCUUAAUUCAUUUAUCUCAUUAAUGAAUUUCACUUCGCAUU